UGUAAUAUAUAGGUUUAGGGGCACCUGUUAGUGUUUGUCAAGACGUUGGGAAGAUCAACAAUAGCUUUGUCCUUGCUUCUGGAAGAAGAAAAGGUUACAGCUCUAGACAAAUAAAUGACGUAGUAAGUGGGGAAAUCCCCCUGUCCAUGGAGCACAGAUGCCUUCGCUAUAAAUAUCUGGUCAUUGGAAAUUCCUCAGGACUUGUUGUAGCUUACAUCAGUAAUUAUCUUCAGCCAUAUGAUUUUUCGCAUAUCCUGACUUCACACACUGGUUCAUCCGUGAUGAAGUUCCACAGUUCAGCAGUCACCCUUCCCAUUGGAGUCAAAUUCAAAGUUGUAUAUCGAGCUUUAUUUACAAGUCCAAGUUACAUAUAUGGACUUAUAUUAUUGGAUGACAUUUCUAUCAGCAGUGGAAUUUGUGAGAGUUGUGGACCAGAUGAAUUCAUCUGCGAAAAGGGUCGUGACGAAUGUAUUCCUUUUAAAAGGGUUUGUGAUUUAAAGCCGGACUGUUUGUUGGGAGAAGAUGAAUUAAAUUGUAAUUUGGGCAAUAUGAAUAAACAAUGCACAUCGAAUUUAACGAAUAAUUUCAGCGAUGCACCCACGUUGACAGAGCACAACAUAGACAUUGUUAAAAAUUCAAAGAACAGGGGCCGUUAUAUACCAGACUGGCGUUUCUGCGAGAAUGGACAAAGAUGUGCAGUAGAUGUUUCAGGAAAAUGUUAUUUGUUUUGUCCUGUAAAUUGUUCUUGUAAGGGUUUGACACUAAAUUGUUCUUCUGCCCAAAAUAUACCGGCUUACGCUACAUCCCUUAUACUUAAUGGUUUACAACAAGAACGGUUACGUUUCAGAGGACAAAAGUGCAAUUUGAGAAAAAUUAAAAUUACUUCCUCCAAAAUUGGUUCCUUAAACAUCGAAAAAAAUGUCAAUUUGCAUGAAAUCAAAAUUGAAAACUGUGAUAUUACUCAAAUGGCGUUCAUUGAUGAUAGCUAUAACUUUUUACGCUUAUUAGAAAUAGUGAAUAGUUCGUUAGCAAACAUAAAAUUUUCCAAAAAAUUUAGUCAUUAUUUUGAAUUGAACGUUCAUAAUAGCUCGCUGAAUUCGCAAUCGACAAAGUCAUUCUCGGUUAAAAAGCUUGUAGGAAACAAAGUUAAUAUGAUACAGACUCGGGGGUUUUCUGAUCUCAUCGAAAAAUUUCAUCAUCUGGUCGUAAACUUUAGUUUCUGCAAUUCAACCGAACAACCAAAAUCUUAUAUAGAAGCAAUCACUUUCGAUCUUCGUCAGAACAAAUUAAAGAAUUGCAGCAUUCUGUUUUUUACACAAAUUCUACACCUACAACAUAAUGAAUUUGAAUCCAUUGAUGUAUUUGUUGACACAAGGCAAUCCGAGGCUCGACUUCAAUACCUCGACCUCUCUUACAACAGAAUUGGACAGAUAGGAAGGAACGAUCUUGCAGAUAUACCGAAUCUUCUCUACCUAAAGCUAAACAAAAACAGCAUUGCUUUUAUCGACGAAAAUGCGUUUUCAAAACUGGCUAAACUUAUUCAUUUGGAUUUGUCAAGUAAUCAUUUACAUUCUUUAAAAAGAAAUCAUUUCUUGCGUCUUUCUAGUUUGCAAUUCCUUGAUAUUCAGAACAACAACUUGAAGGUGGUGGAGGGAAUGUUUGAUGGUCUCGUUAGUAUUCGGUUCCUUUCUGUGGAUUAUUUCACGUUAUGUUGUGCCCAGCCCAAGGUCAGGGGCAAGGUUUAUUGUUCAGCUCCAAUAAACCAGAUUUCCUCGUGCGAUCAUUUGAUCGACACACCAUUUCUAGCUAUUCUUGUCUGGUACAUAGCCCUUUUAGCUGUUUUGGGUAACUUUAUUGGUACAUUUUACAGACUGUAUGUUCUAAAACGUACGCCUGUCUCAUCGUUCGUCAUUUAUUCGAUCAAUUUGGGCGUGGCAGACUUUCUGAUGGGUGUGUAUGUCUAUAUAAUAGCGGGGGCUAACGUGACGUUCAGUGGUCGUUAUGGAUAUGCAGACGACUGGUGGAGACACAGCCCGCUCUGUACUUUGGCCGGUGUUAUGGCCACUGUCUCUAGCGAAGCAUCUGCUUUGUUUGUUCUUUUGAUUACAGUUGAUAGAAUUCAUGUCAUACGGUUUCCAUUUUCAAACAUUAAGGGGAACAAACUAAGACCCCGACUUGUUUCCCCCUUUGUGUGGUUAACCGCCAUCUUUCUUGCUUUGAUGCCUUUAUCGGGGACUGAUUACUUUGGGGACUAUUACUCCAGCUCGGGUAUCUGUAUCUCUCUUCCUCUCUCUGUCCAACGGAAAACGGGCUGGGAGUACUCUAUGGCAGUCUUUGUUGGGGCCAACUUCUUGAUCUUUGUGGCAAUAUUAGCAGGACAAAUAGUGAUAUUUUGUGACGUAAUAAAUGCCGGAAAACAUCUUCAAAGCAACAAGUCCACAGAAAGGCGACGUGAGAUAGCAUUGGCAAAGACUUUAAUUGCAGUAGCAGUGACAGACAUGCUUUGUUGGAUACCAAUAGGAGUGAUUGGUCUGCUGACGUUUCUGGGUGUUGACGUCACGUCUAAGGUCUACGCCUGGGUGGUGGUGGUCGUUUUACCAAUAAAUUCAGCCCUAAAUCCUCUCAUCUACACAUUUUCUGCCAUUUUCAGAUUAGGAAGAAGUGAGAUGCGGUGGAAAUCGGACAAAUGUCAGAAGAUGAAAACACAAGAUGAAUUCACUUUGGAAGAAAAAUCUGAGGUGAAUCAUGGAACUGAAGAAAAAUGCAGAAGUUUUCAAAGAAAGCCAGACAAAUGAAAAUAAUGAUGUCUAUACGGGAAAAGCAGUGAUAAUAAAUACAUUGGAAGGCGUUGAACAUUAAUUUUGUUAAAAAAGAGUUGUGUCAUCUUUUUUGUUAAAUCUGUCUUGUCUUUUG